AACAGUCUUACCAUUUCUUGGUCUGCACACACACGCCCAAAUUAUACCAAACAUGUUGCUGGAGCUUCCGCGGUUAACCAAUUCUCUUCGGCUACCUUUUGAUGCUGAUCAAGCCUAUCUCAACCGGAAAUCCUACCUGCGAAACCUCAGUCGCCAUAGCUCUGCAGCUUCUCCGGGAGAAUGGGAGCUCGCUCGUAAGAUUAUUUAUCGAUGGGAUGAAGCUACUGUAGAGGUGCGGCAGUUGUACAAGCAAUUUAUUGCAGCAGUUGUCGAGUUGAUGGGUGGUGAGGUGGUGUCCGAGGAGUUUCAAGAAGUGGCAUUGAAUGUUUAUAGACUGUUUAGUGCGGCUUAUGGAUCUGAAGAGGAUGACGGUGACAAGAGAGUUUUGGCAAAACGGUUUGAGCUGCAAAAACUCAUUGGUCAUACUAUUCCUGAUGCAAACAUAUUGAAAGUUGCAUCAUUGGUGGAGAGGCUUUCUGCUUUACAGAAAAAUGAGCAUGGGACUGUUUACUUACCAGAAUUGGUGAGUGAAGGUAGUGAGGACUUGGAAUUUGGAGCAGACCUUGUAUUCCGACCUCCUGCUCGCUUUCUAGUUGAGAUUUCUUUGGAAGAUGCAGAGAAUUUGGUGGAGGAAACUAGCACAUCAUCCUCUAAUCAUGACAGAUGGUCUGAUUAUGGUGCCUCUGCAAAUUUCCAUCCUUCCGAUUGCGAAGGGAAUUUUGACCUAGAGUGGUUGCGGGAUACAUGUGACAGAAUUAUCAGGGCAAGUAGUUCACAGCUUCCUCGUGAUGAAUUAGCAAUGACCAUUUGCCGGAUUCUUGAUUCAGAAAAACCUGGUGAUGAGAUUGCUGGAGAUUUGCUGGAUCUUGUUGGUGAUAGCUCGUUCGAAACUGUUCAAGACCUUGUCAUGCAUAGAAAGGACCUUGUUGAGAGUAUCCAUCGUGGACUACUCGUACUCAAAUCUGAUAAAUCAACAUCAAACACGCAAGUGCGGUUGCCCAGUUAUGCUACUCAGGUAACUGUUCAAACGGAGUCUGAGCGGCAAAUUGAUAAACUUCGGCGCAAGGAGGAAAAGAAGCAUAGACGUGGAACUGAUCAUGGGAUUGAGAAUGAAUUGUCUUCUUUGUCUUUUAGUUCCUUACUUCAAGCAAGUGAGAAGAAAAAUUUCCUUGAUGACAUUGUGGGGCAUGGAGAUGGGACCCAGUUUGCUGCCACAGCCCUUCCUCAGGGCACUGUGAGGAAGCAUUACAAGGGAUAUGAAGAAGUCACUGUUCCUCCUACACCAACGGCACCAAUGAAACCUGGGGAGAAGCUGAUUGAGAUAAAGGAGCUAGAUGACAUUGCACAAGCUGCUUUUCAUGGUUACAAGUCUUUGAACCGGAUUCAGAGCAGAAUAUUCCAAACAACUUACUAUAGUAACGAAAACAUACUGGUAUGUGCACCAACUGGGGCUGGAAAAACAAAUAUAGCUAUGAUUUCUAUUCUACACGAGAUUGGACAACACUUCAGAGAUGGCUAUCUGCAUAAAGAUGAAUUCAAGAUAGUUUAUGUUGCUCCUAUGAAGGCAUUAGCUGCAGAGGUUACAUCAACCUUCAGCCAUCGAUUAUCCCCUUUAAAUGUAACUGUGAGAGAACUUACUGGUGAUAUGCAACUCUCCAAGAAUGAACUCGAAGAAACUCAGAUGAUUGUUACAACUCCUGAAAAGUGGGAUGUAAUUACUCGUAAAAGCAGUGAUAUGUCACUCUCAAUGCUUGUGAAGCUCCUGAUCAUUGAUGAAGUACAUUUGUUGAACGAUGAUAGAGGUCCUGUAAUAGAAGCAUUAGUAGCUCGCACUCUUCGUCAGGUUGAAUCCACACAAAGUAUGAUACGCAUUGUUGGCCUUUCUGCCACUCUACCCAAUUAUUUGGAGGUUGCACAGUUUCUGAGGGUAAAUCCAGAAACAGGCCUAUUCUUCUUUGAUUCAAGCUAUCGCCCAGUACCACUUGAGCAGCAUUACAUCGGGAUUUCUGAGCACAAUUUUUUAGCUCGUAAUGAGUUGAUGAAUGAAAUAUGCUACAAUAAGGUUGUUGAUUCACUAAGGCGAGGACAUCAGGUCAUGGUUUUUGUUCAUUCACGGAAAGACACGGGGAAAACAGCUGACAAACUGGUUGAAAUGGCUAAAAGACAUGAGGACUUUGAUCUUUUCACAAAUGCUUCACAUCCUCAGCAGGGACUUAUGAAGAAGGAAGUUUUGAAGUCCAGAAAUAAGGAGCUCGUCCAACUUUUUGAAUAUGCUGUUGGCAUUCAUCAUGCUGGAAUGCUACGUUCUGACAGAGGCCUCACUGAACGACUCUUCUCCGAGGGGCUUUUAAGGGUGCUUGUUUGCACUGCAACUUUGGCAUGGGGAGUGAAUCUGCCAGCUCACACUGUGGUGAUUAAGGGAACUCAAAUAUAUGACCCAAAGGCUGGUGGGUGGCGAGAUCUAGGCAUGCUUGACGUUAUGCAGAUAUUUGGGCGUGCUGGAAGGCCACAAUUUGACAAAAGUGGUGAAGGCAUCAUAAUUACUAGUCAUGACAAAUUAGCCUAUUAUUUGCGACUUUUGACAAGUCAACUUCCUAUUGAGUCUCAGUUCAUCAACUCCUUGAAAGACAACUUGAAUGCUGAAGUGGCAUUGGGCACUGUGACAAAUGUUAAAGAAGCUUGUGCUUGGCUAGGUUACACAUAUCUUUUCAUAAGGAUGAAAAUGAAUCCGCUGGCAUAUGGCAUUGGAUGGGAUGAGGUCAUUGCAGAUCCUUCAUUGAGCCUGAAACAAAGAGCUCUGGUAUCAGAUGCUGCGCGUGCUCUCGACAAGGCAAAGAUGAUGCGCUUUGAUGAGAAAAGUGGAAACUUUUAUUGUACUGAGCUUGGUCGUAUUGCUAGCCACUUUUACAUUCAAUAUUCUAGUGUUGAGACUUACAAUGAAAUGUUGAGACGCCAUAUGAAUGAUAGUGAGGUGAUUGACAUGGUUGCCCAUUCUUCUGAAUUUGAAAAUAUUGUUGUUCGAGAGGAGGAACAAAAUGAGCUGGAAACAUUGACUCGUACAUGCCCCUUAGAAGUUAAGGGUGGUCCAUCAAGUAAACAUGGAAAAGUGUCGAUUCUUAUUCAGUUGUACAUAUCCAGGGGUUCAAUUGAUACUUUUUCACUAGUUUCUGAUGCAUCAUAUAUUAGUUCAAGCUUGGCUAGAAUUAUGCGGGCCUUAUUUGAGAUUUGUCUGCGGAGAGGAUGGAGUGAGAUGUCUUCCUUCAUGCUGGAGUACUGCAAAGCUGUGGAUCGUCAAGUUUGGCCCCACCAACAUCCGCUCAGACAAUUUGACAGAGAAAUUUCAACAGAAGUACUGAGGAAGCUUGAAGAAAGAGGUGUGGACUUAGAUCGCCUAUAUGAGAUGGAGGAGAAAGACAUUGGAGCUUUGAUUCGCUAUGCACCUGGAGGAAAGUUGGUCAAGCAAUACUUGGCGUAUUUCCCAAUGGUCCAGUUAUUUGCUACAGUAAGUCCAAUCACAAGGACUGUUCUAAAGGUUGAUUUGACUAUUACUCCUGAGUUCGUCUGGAAGGAUCGGUUCCAUGGUACUGCACAGCGCUGGUGGAUUUUAGUUGAGGAUUCUGAGAAUGACCAUAUAUACCACUCAGAGCUCUUUACGUUAACAAAGAAGAUGGCCAAAGGGGAGCCUCAGAAGCUAUCCUUCACUGUUCCAAUAUUUGAGCCACAUCCUCCUCAGUACUUUAUUCGUGCAAUUUCAGACUCGUGGUUGCAUGCAGAGUCUUUCUACACAAUAUCAUUGCAGAACCUUGCACUCCCAGAGGCACAUACAACUCAUACUGAACUCCUUGAUCUGAAACCACUUCCUGUGACUGCACUUGGAAAUGAAACUUAUGAAGCAUUGUAUAGCUUUACACACUUCAACCCCAUACAGACACAGGCUUUUCAUGUACUAUAUCAUACAGACCAAAAUGUUCUUCUAGGAGCUCCAACAGGAAGUGGUAAAACUAUAUCAGCUGAGCUUGCCAUGCUUCAUCUGUUUAAUACUCAGCCGGAUAUGAAGGUCAUUUACAUUGCACCUUUAAAGGCUCUUGUGCGAGAAAGGAUGAAUGAUUGGAGGAAACGUCUUGUUUCCCGGCUUGGGAAACAUAUGGUGGAGCUGACAGGUGAUUAUACUCCAGAUCUGACGGCUCUAUUAGAAGCUGACAUUAUAAUUUCUACUCCAGAAAAAUGGGAUGGUAUCAGUCGUAAUUGGCAUACUAGAGGCUAUGUUAAGAAGGUGGGACUAAUGAUAUUGGAUGAGAUUCAUCUACUUGGCGCUGAUCGUGGACCCAUAUUGGAGGUUAUUGUAUCUCGAAUGAGAUAUAUAUCAUCACAGACUGAGCGUUCAGUUCGCUUUGUUGGGCUUUCAACAGCUCUGGCGAAUGCACAUGAUUUGGCUGAUUGGCUGGGUGUUGAGGAAAAUGGCUUGUUCAAUUUCAAGCCAAGUGUUAGGCCUGUUCCUCUUGAAGUCCAUAUCCAGGGAUAUCCUGGAAAGUUUUACUGCCCAAGAAUGAAUAGCAUGAACAAACCCACUUAUGCUGCAAUUUGUACCCAUUCACCCACAAAACCUGUUCUUAUAUUUGUUUCAUCACGUCGCCAGACUAGGCUUACUGCAUUGGACCUCAUUCAGUAUGCAGCUUCAGAUGAGCACCCAAGGCAGUUCCUCUCUAUACCAGAAGAAUCACUUCAGAUGGUACUUUCCCAAGUAACUGACCAGAACCUUAGACACACCCUGCAGUUUGGUAUUGGGUUGCACCAUGCAGGAUUAAAUGAUAAGGAUAGAUCUCUUGUUGAGGAGCUUUUUGCAAAUAACAGGAUCCAGGUAUUAGUUUGCACCAGUACAUUAGCAUGGGGUGUGAAUCUUCCAGCUCAUUUGGUUAUUAUAAAGGGAACAGAAUAUUUCGAUGGCAAAGCAAAAAGAUAUGUUGAUUUUCCAAUUACGGAUAUUUUACAAAUGAUGGGUCGCGCAGGACGGCCUCAGUAUGAUCAGCACGGUAAAGCUAUUAUUCUCGUUCAUGAACCCAAAAAGAGCUUCUACAAAAAGUUUCUCUAUGAACCAUUUCCAGUUGAAAGCAGCCUGAGAGAACAGUUGCAUGAUCACAUCAAUGCUGAGAUUGUUUCUGGAACAAUUUCUCAUAAAGAGGAUGCAGUGCAUUAUCUUACCUGGACAUAUUUAUUCCGUAGAUUGGUGGUUAACCCAGCUUAUUAUGGCUUAGAGGAUACAGAUCCUGGAACACUAAGUUCAUACUUAUCAAGCUUAGUGCUAAGCACAUUUGAGGAUCUUGAAGACAGUGGCUGCAUUAAAAUUGAUGAAGAUAGGGUGGAGCCAAUGAUAUUGGGUUCAAUAGCAUCUCAGUAUUACCUAAAAUACACAACUGUAUCAAUGUUUGCUUCAAAUAUAGAAGCAGACACAUCACUUGAAGUUUUCCUCCAUGUAUUAGCUGGUGCUUCUGAGUAUGAUGAACUUCCUGUACGACACAAUGAAGAAAAUUACAACGCACAACUCUCCAAUAAGGUUCGCUACAUGGUGGACAAGAAUCUUCUUGAUGAUCCUCAUGUAAAGGCAAAUCUUCUUCUUCAGGCACACUUCUCCCGAGUUGAAAUGCCAAUCACCGACUACGUCACAGAUUUGAAGUCAGUGCUUGAUCAAAGUAUUCGAAUUAUCCAGGCAAUGAUAGAUCUAUGUGCUAACAGUGGAUGGCUCUCUAGUACCCUUACUUGUAUGCAUCUUUUGCAAAUGGUCAUGCAGGGUUUGUGGUUUGACAAAGAUUCGCCGUUAUGGAUGCUUCCCUCCAUGACUGAUGAACUUGUUACUACAUUGAGCCAGAGAGGAGUCCGAAACGUCCAGCAGUUAUUUGAUCUUCCUCCCUCAACUUUGCAGGCUCUCAGUAGAAGUUCCACUACCUCGAGGUUACAUGAGGAAUUGCAGCAUUUCCCUCGUAUACAGACACGAAUUAAAGUUCAGAAACGAACUGCUGGUGAUAACCCUAGUGUUAGUCUAAACAUCAGAUUGGAGAAGGCAAAUAGACAUAAGAAAACAUCCAGAGCUUUCACUCCUCGCUUUCCUAAGGUAAAAGAUGAGGCAUGGUGGUUGGUCCUUGGAAAUACUUCCACCUCCCAACUCUAUGCCUUGAAGAGAGUGACUUUCACGGACGUUCUGCAGACACACAUGAAUAUACCAUCAAAUGUGAAUGAUUUCCAGGGUAUGAAGUUGAUUAUAGUCUCGGACUGUUACGUUGGUUUUGAGCAAGAGCACAUUAUUGAGAAACUUGUUUGACUCUCCUGCUAAAUAAGUACCCGAAGAAAUUGAAGUUUUAGUGGUAAACCUUCACUUCAACCUUUUGUAGACUGAACUACUUUUUUUUUUCUUUUGUGAAAAACUGUUUUUAUUAGUCAGCACACAGGCGUGCGUUUAUCAUAUUUUUGUGGUCUUUUGAUUCAGUUGGAAUCUACAAUCAGUACCUAUGUAAUUGUCUCACGUUACUUGUUUUUCAGCUCUCUCUCAGACACAUACACAUACAGCUGUUUCUUCUCUUUAUAUUAACUUUUGUUUGCCUGGAGAUAUCAAAAGAGAGAAGAUUAGUGGUUUGUCAAAAGUAUCCGAUUUUACCUCAA